UUGGCAAGAUGAGGGGAUCCUUAGUCCUGCUCUUCACGGUUAUAUUCGUCUCAUACUCGACAACAUCAGGACGUCCAAAUAAUGAUCUGUCUCAAAACGAGUCCCAAGAAGACAUCCGGGGUGAUAGUUACGAUGUAGGAAACCAAAGCGACGCCCAGGCCGGGCACAGUUACGAGGAGGAUAUGGGCGCCUCCAGCAGCGGUCUCACUAAAAAUGGGUUAGCCAUCAGCACCAGCGCGUCUGGAGGCUCCAAGGGCCUCGUCGCGGCCGCGAGCAGCCCUCGCUUCGGACCCCAGGCCGCCAGCAGCAACGACGGCGGCGGCUCUUCAAACAGCAGCAACGCGCCUGACUCCGGGCAGUUCGUCGGAGCCGCCAGCAGUAGCAACCACGGCAAAGGGUCCGCCAGCAGCAGCAAUAAAGCUGUGGGUUCCGGGAACUUUAUAGGUUCCGCUGGCAGCGGCAACUCCGGCAAUGGGUCUGCAAGUAGCGACAACACGUCCGAGGACUCCGAGCUGGAGGGGUCCGCUAGCAGCAGCAACUCUGGCGACGGCUCGGCCUCUAGCAGUAAUAUCUCGAAAGGUUCAGGGAAGCUGGAGGGUUCCGCCUCUAGCAGUAACACGGGUAAAGGUUCCUCCUGUAGCAUCAACAAGUCUGGAAGUUCCGGGAAGGUUGAGGCGUCCGCUAGUAGCGGCAACACGGGCGGCGGGUCUGCCGCCGCCAGCAACGUCGCCGGCGGCGCCGCACAACUGGCCGGCUCCGCUAGCGCCAGCAACACUGGUGACGGGACUGCUAUUAGCGAUAAUAUCUCUGAAGGUGCCGCGCUACUGGCCGGAUCCUCUAGUGCCAGCAACACUGGUAAUGGGACUGCUAUUAGCAACAAUAUCUCUGAGGGUUCCGGGGUGUUAGCUGCAUCCGCUAGCAGUAGCAACACAGGCAGUGGGAGUGCUACCAGCGGCAACCUCGCUGCAGGCUCGGGAACACUCGAGGGAUCUGCCAGCAGCAGCAGCACGCGCGGGGGAUCUGCUGACAGCUACAACGUCGCGGGGGGUUCGGGGAAACUUGAGGGAUCCGCUAGCAGCAGUAACACAGACGGGGGAUCUGCUACUAGCUACAACGCCGUCGGAGGUUCGGGAACACUUAAGGGAUCUGCCGACAGUAGUAACAAAGGCAAAGGGUCUGCAAAUAGCAGCAAUAUAUCCAAGGGCUCAGAAAAACUUGACGGAUCGGCUAGUAGCCAUAAUAAAGGUGAUGGGUCUGCGACUAGCAACAAUAUAUCUAAAGGUCCAGGGAAAGAUAAUGGUUCCGCUGAGAGCUGGAACUCUGGCAGCGGGUCUGCGACUAGCGACAACACGUUUGAAGGUUCUGGGCGUUCUAUCGGACUGGCUAGCAGCAGCAACGAGGGUGACGGCUCUGCCAAAAGCAGCAAUAAGGCGGGAGGUUCAGGACUGUUUGUGGGACUCGCUAGCAGCACCAACAGAGGCAACGGGUCUGCGAGAAGCAGCAAUGCGUUUGAAGGUUCCGGGCAGUUUGCGGGGUCGGCCGAUAGCGAUACCUAUGAUGGCUCCGCUCACAGCAGCAACACCUUCAGGGGUUCAGGAAAAUUUGUUGGACUCGCUAGUAGCAGUAGCAACAACGGCGGUUCUGCGAGAAGCAGCAACAGUGGCUAUGGAUGUUCUAAAAGCGGUAGGGCGUCAGAAGAACCUGCGCAACUUGUGGGAUCUUCUAGCAGCAGCAGCAGCAUCGGCAAUGGGUCCGCAAAUAGCAGUGCCACGUUUGAAGGUCAACAACCAGGGCAACAAGGUUCUACUAAUAGCAGCAGCAGCGGCAAUGGGUCUGCAAUCAGCACCGUCAAGUUCGGAGGUGAUCAACCGGCUGGGUCCGCAGGAGGAGACAAUGUGAAUGGGUCCACUAGCAGGAGCGGCAGCGGACACGCGUCUGCUAGUAGCGUCCUCGCGGUGGGGGAUUCCACUUUGGUCGUAUCAGCUAGCAGCAGCGGUAAUGGAUCUGCUAGUAGUACUGCGACUGCUAAUAGCACCAAAACAUUUGGAGAUUCUGGCCGAUUCGGAGUGACUAGUAAUAACGUGACUGCCUCUGCGUCCACCACGAGCAGCAGCACGUUUGGGGAGUCAGGGCAGCCGGCGCGGUCCGCCAGCAGCAGCCGCGCCAGCUACGAGGCGGCCACCAGCGCUUCGUGGCACGGCCCCGGCCAGCUCGCGCAGGCGGCCAGCUCCUGCUCCGGCCACUCCUCUUCCAGCACCAGCACUACGUAUGACGAAUAUGAAAUUGAGAGUGAAUAUGGAAACCAAGAUGGAGACUACUCGUACAUGACUUAUUAA